AUGCCAGUAGCCAAUGGCCAGAAAGUCGACAUACCGUCAGUCGGGUUUGGCACCUGGUUCUCUGACGAGAAGCAGAGUGCUGAAGAAUGCAUCCUCACAGCUCUCCAGUCGGGUUAUCGACACCUUGACUCCGCUUGGGCUCCUGGAAUCCCACGAGAAGAAAUCCACGUAACGUCCAAGGUGUGGCUGCAAUUUCUGGCACCGGAGAAUGUUGAGCUCGCACUGGAUAAGGUGUUGCAAGAUAGUGGGAUGGAAUAUGUAGAUCUGUUCCUAGCACAUCAUACUGUGGUCUUCAAGAACAAGGGAAGGGAAGCGUUGGAGAAGGCAGAGCCGAGUAUGUAUGAUCAGGGCGGUAUGGGGGUAUUGCUAGAUGAGAAAGGUCUACCCAAGAAUGGGCAGGAGGGAAGUUUCGUUCCUACCUGGCUCGCCAUGCAGGAGCUCGUGAAGAAAGGCAAAGCCCGCGCCAUCGGAGUGUCAAACUUGGGAUUGCAGGAUGUGCAGGAACUGCUGCCCUACUCGAAAGAGAUCCCGAUCAGCUGCAAUCAAGUUGAAAUGCAUGCCUGGCUACCUCAGAACGAGCUCCUAGAGUUCCACAAGAAGCACGGGAUCGUGACUACAGCAUUUGGUCCUUUUGGUGGCGGUUCGAUCACUGGUGUGCGAGUUAUCGACGAUGCUGAGAUACAGAAGUUGGCGGAGAGGGCCGGGAUGGGGAUUGGGCAGAUGUUACAGAGCUGGGCUGUGCAGAGAGGGACGAUACCGGUGGGUAAGAGUGCUACGCCGGAGAGGAUGAGGUCGAAUUUGGAUGUGAAGAGGUUGGCUGAAUGGGAUGGAGAAGCCGGAGGAGGGGAGGUUGCAGGACAUCAGUCCGGUCUUCGGUGUGCAGUUCUACGUGUAAUGGGAAGGCCUGUCGUCGGGACACAGCUUUGGCGAGGGCUGCGGUUAUCGAGCUCUUGUGAGGACUAUCACACGGCAUGUGUACAGGUCGUCGUACUGCGCUUCUUCGGAGCGAUGCAGUGUGUAUGGUGCGGUGGACUGCGAACACCAAGGCUCGAUCGAGGACGGGCUUUAGAAGUAGGAUGGGUAGUGAUGGCUUGCAAGUAG